AAAAGGCUCGAACCUCCACGCGAGUUCGCGAAAGAAAGAAACUGAAAUCCGAAUUCGAUUCCAAUCCUCUCGACCAGCGAGAGGCCUCGCCUUCCUCCUCUCCCCCACGUUGGCGUAGCUCGCGCGCGCGCGCGCGCCCGCGCCCGAAUCCACAAACAGCGUGGUCGCGGGCGGGGGUUCUCGAUGAGGCGGAUGCUGGAGGUGGCGGCGGACGCCGGCUCGUCUGCGGCGGCGGCGGCGGCAAACGGCGCGGUGGACUGGUGGCGCGACGUGAACGAGUCGCCGGUGUGGCAGGACCGCAUCUUCCACGUCCUCGCGGCGCUCUACGGCUUCGUCUCCGCCAUCGCGCUGGUCCAAUUGAUCAGAAUCGAAUGUAGGGUGCCCGAAUACGGGUGGACAACACAAAAGGUGUUCCAUUUCCUCAACUUCCUCGUGAACGGCGUGCGAUCCAUAGUGUUUGUGCUGCGACGAAAUGUGCAGCUCAUACAUCCAGAGAUACUUCAACAUGUGCUUCUAGAUAUGCCCGGGCUCGCAUUCUUCACGACGUAUGCACUUUUGGUGCUCUUCUGGGCCGAGAUUUAUUAUCAGGCGCGUGCAAUGUCCACUGAUGGGCUUAGGCCAACUUUCUAUUGGAUCAAUGCUGUGAUCUAUGCAAUUCAGAUAAUAUUAUGGAUGGUUCUAUGGUGGAAACCAGUUCGAGUUAUGAUCAUCUUGUCGAAGAUGUUCUUUGCAGGUGUAUCACUGUUUGCGGCUUUUGGGUUUCUUCUCUACGGUGGGAGGUUAUUCCUGAUGUUGCAACGUUUCCCAGUUGAAUCGAAAGGACGGCGCAAGAAAUUGCAGGAGGUUGGCUAUGUGACUACAAUCUGCUUUACUUGUUUCUUGAUCAGAUGUGUCAUGAUGUGUCUCAACACAUUUGAUAAAGCAGCUGACCUUGAUGUUCUGAACCAUCCGAUUCUGAAUUUCUUUUAUUACUUGCUGGUUGAGAUCGUACCUUCAGCUUUGGUGCUAUUCAUCCUAAGGAAACUGCCACCGAAACGGGGGAUCACACAAUAUCAUCCAAUUCAUUAGAGCAGCCCUGGCAGGGACAGAAGAGGUUUUCUUAUGAGUAGUCUAUACAGCGUGGUAAAUACAGAAAAGGCAAUGUGAAAGAUACCACACUUGCUUUCGAGCUUGCCCCAGCUUUUGUAAGAGGAAGCCUUUAGAAUCUCAGGGUACCAUCGUGUGUAAAAAUGCAAUCUGGUGUUGUUACAGAUUUAGAAAGUGUUAACUUAUAUAUAUAUAUAUACCUUUGUUCUUCUUCACA